UGGGUAACGGCCCCGGCCGGCUGGGGCGGCUGGCACCGCGCAGCAGGUUUUACUCACGCCAAGUCCGUUGGUUGUGGGGGUUGUAGGGCUUGGGGCAGCCGGACAUGGAGCAGCCAUGGCCCCCUCCAGGACCUUGGAGCGUCCCUCGGGCAGAGGGUGAGGCUGAGGAAGAGAGUGACUUGGACAUGUCUCCCAGUUCUCCCCGGUGUCCGCAACUGCCCGGCGGCGGUGCCCAGAUGUAUAGCCAUGGAAUUGAAAUGGCUUGCCAAAAGCAGAAAGAGUUUGUGAAGAGCUCUGUGGCGUGCAAAUGGAAUCUAGCUGAAGCUCAGCAGAAACUUGGUAGUUUAGCACUGCAUAACUCUGAGUCCUUGGAUCAAGAACAUGCCAAAGCACAAACAGCAGUAUCAGAACUGAAGCAGCGUGAAGAGGAAUGGCGACAGAAAGAAGAGGCUCUAGUACAAAGAGAGAGAAUGUGUCUGUGGAACGUGGAUGCCAUUAGCAAGGAUGUUUUUAAUAAGAGUUUUAUUAAUCAAGAUAAAGGAAAAGAAGCAGAAGAUGAAGAUAAAUCAGAAUCAUUUAUGCAAAAAUAUGAGCAAAAAAUCAGACAUUUUGGUAUGUUGAGCCGGUGGGAUGAUAGUCAGCGAUUUUUGUCUGACCAUCCGUACCUUGUAUGUGAAGAAACUGCCAAAUAUCUUAUUUUAUGGUGUUUUCAUCUAGAAGCUGAACAGAAAGGGGCUCUAAUGGAACAAAUAGCACAUCAAGCUGUUGUCAUGCAGUUUAUAAUGGAAAUGGCCAAAAACUGUAAUGUGGAUCCAAGAGGGUGUUUUCGCUUAUUUUUCCAGAAAGCCAAAGCAGAGGAAGAAGGUUAUUUUGAAGCAUUCAAAAAUGAACUUGAAGCUUUCAAGUCAAGAGUCAGACAUUAUUCUCAAUCACCCAGUUUUCAGCCCAUGACAGUUCAGAAUCAUGUUCCACAUUCUGGUGUUGGAUCUAUAGGUUUAUUAGAAUCCUUACCACAGAAUCCAGAUUAUCUUCAGCAUUCUAUCAAUACAGCUCUCUGCAGUUUAAAUUCAGUGGUACAUAAAGAAGAUGAUGAACCGAAAAUGAUGGACACUGUAUAAUUUGGUUAAGACUGCUGAGGCCAAGUACUAUUUUGUUACAAGAAAGGAAGAACUUGGCUAUUUUCUUGACACUUUUAUGGGUGCUGCACUUUAUUUUUGUUCGGUUUUUGAUGGGAGGGGCAAAAAGAGUACUGAAAUGUUUUGUAAAAUUUUUUUUAUGUGCUGCUAGAUUUUUUUGUUUUGUUUUGUUUUUUCUGAAGAGAGGAGUGGUACCAUAAGUUACAAGAAGUCAAACUGAACUUUGGUUUUUUUUGCUACUAAAUUUGCCUUUAAUCUUAUUGUUCUCAAUUUUGGAAUCAAAGUAUGAAAAUCUGCACAAAUGCAAUGUUUACAAGAACUGGUUGAUUCUAGGAGGCAUCUGCUACAGUCUUUUUAUAUGGAUAUGUAUAUGCCCUACUCUAUAAAAAUGAUUAAAGACAAAAAUGUCCUUGUAUCCUACCGCUAAUUUAGCUGUCAGAUCUGGUGUUUUAUCAUGUUAAAAGCAAUAAAUCAGUAGUUGAUAAUCUACUUUACUAAAUAAGCUGGGUGAUACCAAUUUUUAAAAAGUUUUCCCCUUAAAAUAAUAUUGUAUUUGUAUUUUCGGCACCAUCAGUUAAAUAAAUCUUUGACUCUAAUAUCAAAUUUAUAUAGACACUAAAUUAAAUCCUUAACUAUUCUCAAAAGUGUAUUCCUUAAAAAUUGAUUUUACCCUGUUGAUUUUUUAAUAGUAAGGGAUACUGUGACUUAAAAAGUAAUAAAGCUAAUAUAAAUUUUUAAAAAAUAAGACCAACUUUCAAGCUCACUCUUAAUUUCUUGACAUAGUGUGAGAUCUCUCAGGGAGCAAGUUUUAAAAGGAUACUCAUGGCCUGUAGGAACAAACAGAAAAAAAUGAUCUGACUUUUAAAAUUAGGUUUAUUGUUUGUUUCACUCUGAUGUAGCCUGAGGACUUUUUUAAAAGAUGAGAGAACGCUUCUAGAGCUAACUGCCUCGAGCUGCCAACUACUUGUGAGAAUGUGGUAUUCGUAUUGGUAGUGAUGGCUUUUAUUGCGUUUGCCAUUUCUCUCCAUAGUUCAGUUACCAUACAGUGCUUUUGAGCUUUACUACUUCCUGUAUAAUUCACCUCAAGUAUGCCAGGAUAUUUGAUGAUUCACUUUAUUUGGAAUUAGAUGACAAUUUUAAUUAUGCUAUCCUUGCUAUUUGAGGAUUAAUCUUUGGACUUCAGGCACACGAGCUUUGUUUAUAUUGGAUAUAGCCUUUGGUGUGCUUCCAUUGAGACUAGUAGCAAACAUUUGGAAGAUGACUAACUGGGAUUAGGUAUACAUGUCUCAACUUGAAAAACCAAAUAUUGCUAAAAAAUCCAUAUGAUGAUCCGACUUGUAACUGUGGCCUCAUUUGCACCUUGUUUUAACUAACUUGAGGUGGUAAGGCACUUAGUACCCAUACAAAUGGACUGGACUUACUGAAUCAUACUUACGUAACAUCACAAUCUUACUGGUUUUCAGAAUAAAACUCUUUUGUGAUUUUGAUACAAAGAUAUGCUCUACAAUAAAAUGUUUGAUUAAUUUA